AUGGACAACGACUUUGACAGCGUGUCAUGGCAAAAUGAACCAGACAGCGAUGUCUCUCGUCCCAAUACUUCACAAGGUGACCCCGGAGCAGGUGCCUCAGGCAAAAGGAAAGCCAGCAGUGGGUCUGCACAGGCUGGGUAUCAAGCAGAUGGCGUGGACCUAGCUGGGAUUGGGGAGGGGAGACUAGAUUGCAAAGUUGAUGCUCCAUUGAAGGAGAAUGAUGGCACAAAAGAUGCCUACGUUUCCUACCUUGUCACCACCCACACCGAUUUCGCUUCCUUCCAAAAACCCUACGAAAAAGUCCGACGAAGAUUCACCGAUUUCGUGUUCCUCUACAAAGAACUUUGCAAACAGUAUCCACAAUGUGCUGUUCCACCUUUACCAGACAAACACAAGAUGGAAUAUGUUCGUGGUGACCGAUUUGGACCAGACUUUACCAACCGCCGAGCUCAUUCUUUACACCGCUUUCUCAAACGAUGCGCUUCUCAUCCUGUUCUCCGUCGGGCAACGCUUCUGACUAUUUUCCUCGAGUCGUCCGACUGGAACGCUCAUAUGCGCCAGCAUCCAAAGCGAGCAACUUCCAUGUCAGAACAGAGUACUGGUGUGUUCGACAGCUUCGCUGACACCUUCGUGAACGCAUUCUCCAAAGUCCACAAGCCAGACAAACGAUUUAUUGAAGUUCGAGAAAAGGCAGACAAGCUAGACGAGGAUCUAGGGCACGUCUCACGAGUGAUUGCAAGGAUCGGCCGGCGAGAGGCAGAUCUCGAGACAGACUAUGGUGACCUUAGCACACAGUUCUUGAAACUAGAGAUCAUGGAGCCUGGAGUCGAUUCCCAAUUACAUGCUUUCGCUCAGGGAGUGGAAGAGACUGCAAAAGGCAUCCAAAACCUCAAAGAGCACACAGACCAGAAUUAUCUAGGAGGUCUACGAGAUAUGGAGGCAUACACAGCAUCGCUGAAAGCCUUGCUGAAAUCAAGAGAGCAGAAACAAUUGGACUACGAGGGCCUGACCGAGUAUCUCAAUAAAGCCUCUUAUGACCGGGACAGCCUCGCAAGCAAUAACUAUUCUCAAUCACCAGCUUCAUUCAUUAGAUCAAAGAUUGAAGACGCAAGGGGCGUAGACCACGAACAGGCUCGCCGCGAGCGGGUGCGCAAGCUCGAAAUGCAGAUCGAGCGGCUUGUGAAGGAGGUCGAAGAUGCGAGGUUAGCAUCUGAAGCCUACGAUGGGGAAGUGGUUCGUGAGGUUCAGGAUUUUGAGCGUAUAAAAGCGGCAGAGUUCAAAGACUCGCUGGGUGCGUUAGCAGACAAACAUGUGGAGUUUUAUGGGGGCGUCAUUGAGACUUGGGAGAGGUAUUUAAAGGAUAUGGAGGCUGACGGGGGGGUUGCCGAGCUGUAG